AUGAUUUGGGCUUCUCUCUACUUAGUGGCUGUUGCAUUGGCUGGCGAGGCUCGAGUGCCAACACACUACCCUCCGAUCGUUAAUGAGAUCACUAACUUGACAGACGUCUUCAAUGAUGAAUUGGAUACCAACGGGGGCCACUACAAUGGCUCUUAUGUUUCUCCAGAGGCUUAUGGUGAGUAUAACUUCUGUAACAUGCCCCACGUUAGAAAGCUGGAGUACUUAGUUCCAGAGUCGGGUUUCAAGUUGCAGUAUGUGGAGGUAAUCCAUCGUCACCACAAGAGAACUCCAUACCAAGACAACACUUUCCCAGAGGAAGAUACUGAACUCUCGUGUUCUACAGUUAGAAACAUGUACUACUCCAACGUUCUUACUCGCGGUAACGAGAACGUCAAUGUUGGCUGGAGCAACUACCAGGAUCCCGUGAAUCCCUUUGCGUUUGAGCUGCCAGGGUUCAAUGGAACGUGUCAAUUUCCGCAGAUCAGCGAUGGAGGCCUCAACGACUCAUACUACCAUGGAGUCGAUCUCUAUGCAAAUUAUCACACCAACUUGAACUUUUUGCCAGAGAAAUACAACUCAUCGUUGGUGCAGUUUUAUGUCACCUCCAAUGUUAUUACCUCGCAAGUGGCAGGAGCUUUGAUUGCUGGAAUGUUCCCAUUGGAGUCCAACGAGAACAUCGAUGUAAACAUGCAAAGAGCCAUUUCAGACUCGUUAGAACCAAAAUAUGAAUGUGAUGGUGCAGACGCUACGAAAGCAUCCAUUUACCUCGAGCAGGGAUGGUUGGACCACUUGUCUGAUUCUAAGUUUCUCUUUGAGGAAUUGGAUCUGAUUUCAGGCGUAUCCAACACUUCUCUGUCGUGGCAUACCUCGUGGGACCACUACUUUGACAACUUGGCCCACCGGACUUGUCAUAAUAUGGCAUUACCAUGCAGUUUGAAGUCUGAUGAAUGUAUUAGCGAAAUUCAAGCUAACCAAGUGUUCAGAUUGGGAGAUUUCGAAUACAAUUAUUUGUACAGACAGUCGUUGAAUUCUACCUUGUACUCGGUUGCUCGUUAUGGUGUCUUUUUAAUGGAGCUCCAACAGCAUUUGAAGGAUGCAAAGGAUGGCAGUAGCACUAUCAAAUAUAGACACAACAUUGCGCAUGAUGGGUCUGUUUCUCCUUUGCUCGGUGCUCUCCAGAUUGAGUACAUGAGAUGGCCAGGAAUGGGUGCUGAAGUUGUGUUUGAAUUGUGGCAGAAGCCCACCGAUGAAACCUCCUACGUGAGAGUUUUGUAUGGUGGACAGCCAUUGAAGACUAGUGGACCUUUGGGAACCAUUGAUAUGGUCCCUUACGAGGAAUUCAACGAUUACUUAGAGUCGCUUGUGGGUGAUGGUAAUGUUGUUGCUCUCUGUGCUAAUUAG